AAGAGAUAAAGCAAUUUGCAGCCCUUUAAAUAAGGCAAACAUUUACACAACUUUAAGAGCCAGGCCGUUGUCUAAAAGCGCAAUGGGUGUUCUGCUUUUUACUCUGACGCUUUGUGUUGUCUUGAUCCCUUCAACUCUCUGCAGAUCACACCAUCAUCAGAAGCAUUCUGUUUACACCCCCCCUAAGAAUGUGAACAUAUCCUGUGAGAGUGACUACUCUUGUUUGGACUGCACCACAGCCCGAGUGUGUGCACCUACAUCCGACGGUCAAGGUCUUUACGAGAUUCAACGCUUUAAGUGUGAUUCUUACCAGCCUUACUGCAACUUCACCACAGGUACUUGCUCCAGCAUUGUGGACCCAGCAUGUUACAAUUUGCCCAAUGUUACAGUUUCCAACAACUUUACAUGCAUGAGGAACGGAUUCUUUCCCGACCCCUACAACUGCUCCAUUUACUAUCAUUGUCAAGACGAAGUAGCAUACCAAUACGCUUGUGUGUCGCCCUACCCUUACUAUUUAGUAGAAUACAACAGCUGCGUCAGCUACAGUUACUACUGUGCGAAUUUAACAGCGGCAAAUUGCCGAAGCUACUAUGCUGGAACAAAACUUGGCUUUGGGUAUCCAGGCUACAAUUAUUACAUAUACUGCGGGUUGAACAGAACAGUGACCACAGUUGACAAAUGUAUUGGAGCUUAUACUUUCAGUUAUAACUACCAAGAAUGUAUUCCAACCUGUCCUCAUGCUGGGUUGUUUCCCAAAGACGAUGAUUGUGCCAACUACUACAAAUGCUCCCCGAAAACGUCUUUGUACUACAAUGAUUUCAACAUGACAGACUUGACGUGCCCUGAAGGUCAAGGAUUCUCUGAGACUGAAUAUAUGUGUGUUGAUCGCUCAAGAGUACCCAACUGUCAAAAGCCUUACCCUGCCCUGUACAGCAAGUAGUGACUACCAGGAGAGGAUAUACAUUUUAUUCAACUAUUUUACAGAAUUUUAUGAAUUUAGAUCAAUAAAUAUUUACCAGGC